AUGGCCCCCAGCCCACCAAGUCUCCUGCUGCUGUUGCUGCUCCGGUCCCUGGGGGCUGGCCCAGCCCUGGGCAGGGACCUUCACGGGCCACUAGAGGACUCACAGUUCUACCUGAUCCCAUCCGGGUCUCAGGAUCAUGACCGGGACGCCAGAGAUGCAAGCCUCUGGCAUUCAGACAGCCCCCAGAAGCCCACGGAAGGGCCCAAGAGGCCUGCAGACCCUCCCCUGAGCCCAGCCCUGCAUGGACCCAAGGCAGCCCACAGGGCCCCGGGAGAACGGCUCCCUGCACCCGAUGACCUCCAGCUGCCUCGGGGUCCCAGCUCCCAGGGCUGGACUGGACACCCUGACUCACAGGAGCCUCUGGAAGCAGCAGCCCAGGUGUCCCUCCUGCUGGCCCCCCCACACCCUGCCUUGAUCCCCACAAACUCCACGCCUCUGCUCAGGGUGCCCACAGCUGCUCCUUUCACGCAGGAGCCGGGCGGCCCAGUGGAACAGCACCCUCCGAGAGACGAGCGUCUGAAGGCCAAGGCCGGGGUUCCACGGGCACCGCCCGGGGCCGGGAGGCCAGUGCCGGAGGAACAGGGUGGGCAUGAGGAGGACUUCCAGGAGGCAGCCCAAGCCCCCCUCUCCACGCAGCAGGAUCCAGCACCCCCAGUUGAGAUGAUGCCCCCUCAGGGGCCUGGGGCCCAGCCAGACCUGGUGUUGGCAAGAAGCCUUCCUCCUGCUGAAGAGCUGCCCCUUGAGCCCCCCAAAAUGGGUGGAGCUGCAGAGGCCUGGGAAGUCAGCUCCCCGGGGCCUCAGCCCAAGCGGCCGGAGCUCUCUGGUGUUCAGGACGGCACAGAACCCCAGCCCACAUCUCCAGCCUCACUGGCUCCCAGUGGGCAGCCGAAGCCAGCAAUCGCAGCGAUGAACGGCGCCGACCCCGUCUCUCCUCAGCGUGUGAGAGGCGCAGUGGAGGCCCCAGGCACCUCCAAGUCCCUCCUCCCUCAUCUCUCAGACCCCCACCCAGCCACAAACCGAACAGAGAGCCCUGUGGGGGCACCGCCGCCAGACGAAGCCGAGGAGUGGCCCGGGCGCCCCCAAAGCCAUCCCCCAGCACCCCCAGUCCAGGCCCCCUCGACCUCUCGCCGCGGCCUCAUCCGAGUGACCACCCAGCGAGCCCUGGGCCAGCCGCUCCUGCCCGAGCCCUCGGCCAGCUCCACGGCUGCCGCCCCGGCCUCCAGCCCCCCGGCCAAUGCCACGGCGCCACCGCUGCGC